UCGCUUGAAUUUUUUUGAACGCCCGAAUUAUUCAUCUCCGGUUAAUUCAAUCAAUGAUUUGAUUGAACAGAUUGAUCACAUACUCGAAUUAUCCAAUUUGAAACAUGGAAUAUUUUUGCUUCAAAUUAUUCGAACAUUCGAAGUUUGAUUGUAUAAUUUUUUUGAAUCAUCUAUUUGAGUCUUGAUAAAAAAAUACAUGUAAUUUAAGCUAUGUAUAACUUGUAUAGCUUCACAACUGGCAUUUUACAAUUUUAUAACGAUAGAGUGAACACCUCACGUAAUUGUCAAACUGAAUACAUGUCAGUGGGUUAUGCGACGAAUGUGUAUAGCUCAUAUUUUAUAUUGCAGGGAUGCAGUACCGAAACAGUGCUGCGGUUUAGGUUCCCUGCCUGUACGUUGGUCCAUAUUAGGUAUUGGCUUCGUAGGUCUUGUCUGCGCUGGUACAGGCACUCUCCUUGGUGCUCUGAAAGCUUCUGGCCGUGAUCAUCUUCUAGGAAUAUUUAUGUCUGGUAAAAAAUGUAUAGGAGUACUUUUGGUAUUAGUGAGUGCAGUGGCAUGGCGGUUAACUAAUCGAGAUUAUUGUGGCAAUUUGUUCGGUUUCACAGGUAUUUCUGGUAGAAUACCACCUGCGAGACCGAUACAUCCAUAUGCCGCAAUGAUUUAUCCGGAAUUUCAAUUUAGAACACCACCACCAAGUUAUCAGGCUAGUAUGCAAGAAUAUAGACUUCGCCUGUUGCUAUUGGAUCGACUGCAACCUACAGCAUCGCCGCCACCGACUUAUAGAUCAAACGCGGGAAGUAUUGUAGCUCCUGGUAUAGCAAGGGAGAAUCGACCACCGAAUUAUAAUACCGAUAUCACACCUAACAUUACUUUAAUAUCUUCGAAGAAAGACGCAAAUCUCGUUAGGAUUGUCCAAACUGAAUCUGAACCGGUUAUUCUCAGUGGCGAUCAAACGCCACCGGUAACCGCCGUCGAAGUAUUGGCACAUCUUUAAAUUAAGUAAUA